AUGGACAAUACUGUAACUCUCAUCCCCUCCGACCAAGUCAUCAUUGCCGCUAAGGGCAAUCACAUCACAGCUGCAGAUAUCUCUUGCGCCCUAUUCUAUGUCAAUUCCCAGAUGCUGGCCAUGCACCUGUAUGUUGACAAGAGUUUUGCCACUGCCAUACCUGGUUAUGCAGAGACGUUCUACACCCUGAUGAAAUGGGAGAUGGAGACCUUUGCCACACCUUUCAUCAAUAUAUGUUUUAUCACCCAGUUGUCUGCUACUAUUUCUCAACUUCUCAAGGAUGUGCUCUCAACCAUGACUGCACACACAUUGGUUGACCGGCAACUGGAUGUCAAUGCCAUUUUGCAGGAUAUCCAGGCAUUGCGCCUUUCUGCGGAUUCAAACAAAUCCGAUGACUAUGACAUCACUCAUAUGCCGGACUACUUUAAUGACUGGUGGAAGGAAUCACUUGGGUGUUGCAGGGUUUCAGAUAUGUUGCCCAAGUCAUCUGUCCAAGAUGUUAUGGAUUUGGUUGAAUGGCACUUUUCACACCUUGUCAGUCCAUAA